CUCUACAGAAGUGCGCAAGAGCCAAUGGAGAGGCGCGUGACAGAGUUUGGGCAGAAGGGGUAUGUCUCACCUGCUCGAAAUCACUUCAAGAGGAGCGUGAACAGGACAUUUUCAGCUCACGACAAUUAAUAUGCACGUAUCGGACAGUUAACACUUCACUUUAGAUAACAGUGAUGAGCUCAAGUCUGGGCCGUGCGCCUUUCUGAGGGACGGCACCACUCCAGAGACGCGUCCGGUUUGUUUGCUACAACUUGGCAACUCAUCACGUCGGGAUUAAACCGUGAGCGCGGAGACCUUUCUACUGUUGAGUUACUUUUUAGGCAUCAUUAUGGAACUGAAAAAGAACCAGACGCAAUGCAAAAAAGUGCAGGAUAAUGCUGAAUUAAUCGUGGAGGAAUCCAUGUAAAUUUCUGUUCUUCACUGUUUUUGUACCUCUGAUGGCAGCGUUAUAAAAUUGCAUGGGCUCUGAGCACUUCAAUGAAGAAUAUUUGUUUGUUAAAAAUAGAUUCUGUACCAUUGGGAAUAAAUCGUGUUGCAUUGAAGUUUUAGGAAUUAAACAUCACAACCUUCCAAGCUGUGCGCAACAGAAAGAACCGCGACGAUGGAGCACACGGGGAUCGAGGAGGUGAACCAGACGCACCAGCAGCACGAACCCAUCAGCUUUGGAAUAGAUCAGAUUCUCAAUGGCUCGGACCAACCGAGUAGUUGCAUGCUGCCGAGCAGAACCGGCGACCCGGACUACGCGCUCGCGCCGAACGUCUAUGGCAACGGCUACAACAGCAUGUACAAUCCGGCCUGUUCGAUGGCGGCGGGACUGGCAGGUUCCUACAACGUAAACAUGAACAUGAAUGUGAGCAUGAAUAUGAACGUUAACGUGAACUCAGGGAACGCAGGUGGUGUCAUCCGCGUCCCGGCCCACAGACCCAUGCCACCCGCACCUCACCCCCCGACUUCUGCCCAUCCACCGGGCAUCGCGGCGGGGAUACCUAGCAUGGGCAGCCCCGCCAGCUUCACGUUCCCCUGGAUGGAGAGUAGCAGAAGAUUUGCGAAAGAUCGGCUGACCGCUGCUCUCUCACCGUUCUCCGUGACACGACGGAUCGGUCAUCCGUACCAGAACCGAACUCCACCGAAACGGAAAAAGCCCCGCACGUCGUUCAGUCGCGUGCAGAUCUGCGAGCUGGAGAAACGCUUCCACCGGCAGAAGUACCUGGCGUCCGCGGAGCGCGCCACGCUCGCCAAGGCCUUGAAGAUGACAGACGCUCAGGUCAAAACCUGGUUUCAAAACAGAAGAACAAAAUGGAGGAGGCAGACUGCUGAGGAGAGAGAGGCUGAGCGACAGCAAGCCAGCCGCCUGAUGCUGCAGCUUCAACAGGAGGCCUUUCAGAAGACCCUGAGUCAGCCGCUCCAACAAGACCCUCUCUGCCUACACAACUCCUCGCUUUACGCCCUGCAGAACUUACAGCCUUGGGCCGAAGACAACAAGGUGACGUCCGUCACCUCAGUCGCAUCUGUGGUCUGACCCACAACUCUCAUGUGUGCUAGUUAAUUGAGAAAGGAUUUUAUAGGACACCAAUUAGAACUUAAUUUAGGCGGAUCUCUGACAUUCUCACUUGGACUCACUUCAUGAGCAUCUGUACCAAGCCAUACGCUUUUUUUUCUGUGAGAUGGUAGAAGAGAUCUAGCUUUUCCAAUCAUAUAUGGAAAGAUUCUAUUCAAUUUCGAUGAUUUUUGACAGGAUCAGCUUUGAGCCUGUGAUAAAUACCCGCUAGAUAAACCCAAUAACAAACAGGGAUUUUUUUGUAUUUGUUUAUCAUUUGUCAGAAAUAUGCAUAUUUAAGUCUUGGCAUGGAACAAAAACGCUAAUUAAAGAAAACCCUAAUCAAAACAAAAACAAGCACACUAAGUUCACAUUUUCAUUCCCACCUGAAUCUGACUGGUCAUUUGCUCGUCCCUUAUGCUGCAUUCUCGUUCCUCUUUCUUCAGCUACCCAUCUAAGAGAGAGAGAGGGGCUUUUUCCUUUCCAACCCAAAACCGCAAAGCUGUCUGAUGAAUUUCACCCAUCAAGAUGGCUGUUUGUCUACGUGCCAUUUGGCAUCAAGGAGACUGACUCAACCCCAGACUCGUUCAUUCUUGUUCUUUUUAUUUGUGUUUUUUUUUUCUUUGGACUUUGUAAGAUGUGUUUGUGAUGCAUGUUCCCUACAUUUCCUGUAUGAAGAGAUGGACUAAAAACUGUUAGUUCUGUCCAGCUGGAGUCCUUCCUAUAAUGCACUUUGGAAGCAAUUAUGGAGGCACUCUCUAUGGAUUCUUCAUGACGUGACGUUUCAAGGUGUUUUAUAUUAAAAAGAAUUGUGACUUCUAAGACUUCUGGUUCAUCCUGUGUAAAAUUUAUUUAGAAUACUAU